AGGCCCCAAAGGCUGCUCCAAAUGCCAGCACCCGCCGCCGCAGCCGCAUGACCCUCGCCGCCGGUCGCCCAUCCCCUCCGGUCGCCACCCUCCUCGGCCGCUGCCGCACCGCGCGCUGCCUCGCCCAGCUCCACGCACGCAUCGUUCGCCUUGGACUCCACAACCACCACUCCCUCCUCGCGCGCUUCGCCGCCGCCUGCGACGCUCUCGCGUCCCCCUCCGUCGCCGACUCCUUCCUCUCCGCUCUCCCUUCCCACGCCGUCCCGCUCAGCAUCCGCAACACCGUGCUUGCCUCCCUCUCUCGCCAUUCCUCGCUCCGCGCUGCGCUUGCGCAGUUCAAUAUGAUCCGCCGCACCGCAGGCCCCGACGCCUUCUCUUUCCCUCCCCUCCUGCGCGCGUGCGCCCACGUCCCGUGCACUUCCACCGGCACCGCAUUGCAUGCCGCAGCAAUCCGUCUCGGGCUCGAUGCCGACCUCUUCGUCCGCACGGCGCUCAUCCAGUUCUAUGGAAGGUGCAGAGCCGCUGGCGCAGCCCGGGCACUUUUCGACUCAAUGACCAUCCCCAGCGAUGUUUCCUGGACCGCUAUUAUCAUUGUUUACGUUAACUCUGGUGAAAUCGUGGCCGCACGGGAGUUGUUUGACCGAAUACCACACAGGAACCUUGUGCAUUGGAACGCCAUGGUGGAUGGGUAUGUCAAGUGUGGGGACUUGGAAAGCGCAGGGAGGCUGUUUGAAGAAAUGCCUAGAAAAACUGCUGCAGCCCACACAUCGUUGAUUGGUGGGUAUGCAAAGGCAGGAAACAUGGAAGGUGCCAAAUUGUUGUUUGAUAAAUUACAAGAUCGUGAUGUGUUUGCGUGGUCAGCGAUGAUAUCAGGCUAUGCGCAGAAUGGUUACCCUGGAGAGGCUUUCAGGAUUUUUAAUGAGUUCCACAAGCAAGACAUAUGCCCAGAUGAGCCUGUUAUUGUUGCUCUGAUGGCAGCAUGCUCCCAACUGGGUAAUAUCAUGUUGGCAAGAUGGAUUGAAGGUUACAUCGGAAGUUAUUCCAUAGAUAUCAAUAAUGCCCAUGUGUUGGCAGGUCUCAUAAACAUGAAUGCGAAGUGUGGGAACAUGGAGAGGGCUACUGUUUUAUUUGAGUCUAUGCCAGUUCGAGAUGUGUUCUCUUACUGUUCGAUGAUGCAAGGUCAUUGCCUCCACGGUUCAGCUAACAAGGCUGUCGAGCUUUUCUCUAGGAUGCUCUUAGAAGGCCUCUCCCCAGACAAUGCCGUGUUUACAGUUGUUUUGACAGCUUGCAAUCAUGCUGGCCUAGUAGAAGAAGCGAAGAAGUACUUUGGUAUGAUGAAGAAUGUGUACUCGAUUGUGCCAUCUGGCGAUCACUAUGCUUGCCUUGUCAGUCUUCUUGGACGUUUUGGGAUUCUGAGAGAUGCAUAUGAAAUUAUCAAAUCAAUGCCUGGAGAACCUCAUGCAGGAUCAUGGGGUGCAUUGUUGGGUGGAUGCAUCCUCCAAUGUGAUACCGAACUUGGAAAAAUUGCUGCAAAGAAGCUCUUCGAAAUUGAACCAGAUAAUGCUGGGAAUUAUGUCACCCUGUCAAAUAUUUAUGCUAACAUUGACAGAUGGACGGAUGUUUCUAAAAUUAGAGCUGAAAUGAGCAGAAAAGGGUUAACAAAAAUAGCAGGCCGUACCCUUUUUGUACAGUGAAGGAUUUGUUGAGAAGAUUGACACAUCUACCUUGCUUUGGUUUGCUGCACCUUUUUUGGGAAGUUUGGUAGACAUCUGUUGUGAAUGUGGAAACAAAUACAACAUACAUGCUUGGCAUUGUGACUCAUGAUGGUUAUGAGAUUAACCAAAACAAAAAGUUUACACUCAAAUUGAGGAUGCUACUAUAGAAGAUGGUACCUUUUUGACAUGGACAGCAUUGUAGUUAACAACCUGUCUCGGGUAAAUAGGAGGCUUGAAACCAUCUGAGGUAGAAUGCUCACUUCUGCAUGGUGCUUCUACUAACUGUUGUCAUUGCCUCGCUCUUAGAACCAGAGGCUUAUGUGAUUGCUGGUGAGAUGUCAUCCGCUGCUGCUAUUGCCGAUGAGAAGAUGUCCUGGCAAUUGGUGUACCCUGUUACCAUCACUCAUUUGGAGCUCAGUCUUCAGUGUCCCCGGCAUCUGUUCAGAAGUUUUUUGGAGUGACAGUUUUAAAGCUUUUAAGCAUCAAUACGUCAACUAUAUUUCUUGAAGGUCUGGAGAAAAGUUCCGGAGCUGUUGCUCUGCUCCGCUGGUGGGUUGAGACUUAAGAGGGCUCAUUGUUGAUUAACUUGAUGCCAUUCUCGCACUAGUAUGGUCUAUGCGCCCGGUGAACUUAAUUUGUCUUUUUGUCUUAUCACUCGUGGAAUCCAGAAGGGCAUGCUUUAGCACUAUACUAAAAUUUCAAGCAGUUUCCCAAUUCCCAAUCUAUGCUGAUUUGCUAUUUAACUUUGAGCUAUAGGAAAGGUGCUUCCAGAUGCAACAUUUGAAAAUUUGUUAUAGCUGGUUGUAGAAGCAGUAUGUUAGUAACAUGUGAUGUACCUAUUAAAUUAUGUGCCCCUGAUCCUAGUCUUAAAGAAAGUGUUUAGGCCUUUUCCAGCAUGGAACCUUAGUGGACCACCUUCUGUAGGCCCUCUUGCCAUUUCAUCUGCAUAUAAAGUUCCCACGCAUGGUUUUGUGGUCCAGCAUCAUAUGGUUUAGAACUGUUGGAGUGGAUAUCUAUCUUGCAGCGACAUGUUAAUUAUGAUAGUAUACAGAACUAGGAUGACAGUUGCUGAUGUGGAUAUGUAAACCACCAAAUAAGUGGAUAUUGCUGAGAAAUAUAAUUGCUUAUGAAA